UUGGUGUCAUAAAACAAAACAAAUCUAUCCCAAAAUGCAUUACUGCACUCGCUGUCUUCUCAGUGCAAAUAUUCUACCCGACGACUUGAAAACGUUUUCCGGGUAGUUUAAUAACUGAUUUACUCCUAAAUAACAACUUUCUACAAAAUCUGUCGAUGCAAUCGUAGGCUCUACAAUGAAGUAGUUCGAUCCAUUAACAUUGAAUUCCAGGAGGGAGACGUUGUAAAGCGUUAUCCUUCUUAAAAUUUCACGUGGGAAAUGGCGAGUGCAAGAGUUUACCGAAACGAAGUCUUGCGGACUACACCAGGAAAAAGUCAUUUUACAAGACUAUCACGGCUUCUAAUAUGUGGAGGAACUAAGGUGUUGAGAGAGCUUUUUGAUUCUAUGAUUCCGUCAACAAAUCUCCAUGCAUUUUUGACAAAUAAAACGGUAAACAAGCAACUAAAGCAGAUGAAAAAGAAGAGAUUGUUGACGAGACCUCAAUGGAAUUCUCUUUUCCCAACCGUCACUUCAUGUGGUAAAUCUACUGAUUUUGAUAUAACUUUGAUAUUCAAACUGCUGAGAGAAUUCUGUAGCUUGACUCCACCACCAAAAGGAUGGGACGAGCUUCCUGACGACAAAGAUUUGACUUUACCAGCCGAUCUAGCGAGGAUCAAGUAUUAUCGGAAUGAUGUUUACGCUCAUAACGACAAAAUGGAGCUGGAUGACACUGAUUUUCAGGACCUUUGGAAACGCAUUAAAGAUGCUUUACUGAGGAUAGUGAAGCAUUACGACUCUUCUGCUGUUUUAGAUUGGGAAAUGGCGAUCGAAAAGCUCCUGACAGAUCCAUUGUCUGAAGACGCUCAAGAAUAUGAGGAGGAAUUGGAAGAAUGGUAUCUGCAAGAUCAAGAUGUCAAAAAGAUGAUCUUAAAUGCAAACAAGGACGUCAUUCGGGAACUAAAACUGGCUCAAAAAGAGAGAAAGCACUUUCAUUCUUCUCCAGUCAAUGUGCGAUGUGUCUGGAAGCUAGCUACUGUGCUAGGAUGGGUUGGAGGAAGUUCUUAUUUGUUAUAUCAUUACAAAGAUGAUCCGGAAAAACUGGUAAAAAUGGUAAACAGAGUUGUACUUCCAAUGGGUCUGGCAGUAAGUGCUAUCGUAGCUGGCUCUACCGUCUUACAGAUCCAAGCAGAAAGCGUAGCUGCACUGGACGAGCUGUGGAAAAGAUACGAAAGUGGCCAGUUGGAACAAGACCUACAGGAAGUCCUUCUGAUAGAUGAAGUGAUACGCCAGGCAAAGGGCAAGGAGAUUGAAAUUGAAGUUAGCAUCAAGGAAGACGACUUCCAUAACGCUCGCCUUGAACUACUGAGUGCUCACCAACAAGAUGCCUCAGAGGGCGAAAACCCCAAAGACUUGCAGACUGUAUYUAAAAUUAACAUCUUCGAGGGAGAAAUUGUUGAAGAUGGCGAAAACAGGGUUCAAGCUCAUCUUGCUGUGAUAACAUCCAAGGACCAGGUCCAGCAAGUUUUGGCUGAGCUGAAGAAAAAAGAUCCUGGUGUUGCUGAGGCGACGCAUAACAUCUGGGCUCACAGGAUCUUUGAUGCCGAACGAAAUGUUUACCAUGAACAUUGCGAUGAUGAUGGCGAUGAUACUUCUGGAGCAAGAGUCUUUCGGUUUCUACAAAGAACCAAUGCCAUGAAUGUGAUGGUUGUUGUGUCGUGUUGGUAUGAGACCACUGCAGAAGGAUUAGGGGAAGUUAGGUUCAAGUACAUCCAAAAGAGCGUUCUGGAUUUACUUCUAACAAGUGGACUAGAAAUUCAAACUUCCAAGAUAAAGAAAUACUUCGAGAAGAUCAAAUAYACGCCAUUUGAGAAGAUGAAAGAGCAGGAAAYCCCAAAGUUUGAAAUUCUUCACGGAGAAACCAUCGAAGAUCGCAAGAGCACAUUCCAAGCUCACCUUGCCGAUAUCACAUCUCGAGAACAGGUUGACCAAGUGUUGGACGAGCUGAAGAAAGAUCGUAAGAUUGCAAAAGCAACUUACAACAUGUGGGCUUGCAGGAUCUAUGAUGAAAAGAAGAAAUCCUACAUUGAAGAAGGUUACGACGAUGGUGAAAAUUUAGGAGGAGAAAGGUUGUUGCAUUUGCUGCAAAGGAGCGACGCCAAGAAUGUGGUUAUCAUCGUGACUCGCUGGCACGGUGGAAUACAUCUGGGGAAUGACAGAUUCAAACACAUCAAUAAGUGUGCUAGCGACCUUCUUCAACGAAGAAAGACUGCUGAAUCUAGAACGAGCACAGCAUCUACCGAUCCGAAAUCCACCGCGACAAAAAAGAAAAAAUCUAAGAAGCACAAGUAAUAUCAGGAUUUUUUAAAAAGUUUAAGUUAAAGAUAGAAAAACACUUUUAUACAUGGUAAAGAAAAUGAAAAACAAUUCCUGUUGUAAAUGUUAUGCCUAGAAAGAGCUAGAGAUAUGCCUAUGGGGGCUUCGUAUUACAAAGUUUGAAUGGGGAAACGGUCGUAAGGAGAGAUUUGACUCUAUUACUAGACUAGGAGGAUACCCGAGAUUACACUCUAUUAACCUCACCCCUCUCUCCCCUCCCCCAAAACGAAUGCACGUUACAAAGAAACUGCUAAUAGAAAAUAGAGUCACAAGCACUCUAGGAGCCA